AAGCUUGAGAGAAAAAAUAGAUGGGAGCGAAUUUCUUUCACCGCUACCCUGAUUAGGUAGAGAGACAGAGAGGGGUGGGUUCCGUGGGUCUGUUUCUAAUGUGGGGGAAGCGCUCGCUCCGCGGAGAUCGGCGGCCGUUAGCAAUCAUUGGCCAGGGCGUCUCUCCUUCCUUGCCUGCCGAAACGGCGUGACCUCGACCGACCACAUUGCCGACCGCCUCCCUCCUAUAGCUAUGGCCGCAGGAGCCGCCAACAUCACACCCUUUCCCUCCAUCGAAUAAAUACUCUCCGCUCUAACCCUGCAGGCUCCUGCAGGGUUGGGCCUUUGGCUCCUUCGUCGCCCCUCUUCCUCUUCCCUGAUUCUGAGGAGGAAGAGGCCAGAGGGCCGGUUGGCGUCCCACCUUCUUCCUCCUACGUCUGUCCUUUACUCUGCAUAUACCUUCUUGAGAAUGAAGACGAGGCAGAUUGUGGGAGCGACCCGCUCCCCAUCUUCGGAGUCGACGGAAGAUGAAGGGGAGGACGAUCUUCGACGCCUGGUGCUCGUGCCUCCGAAGAACCGGAAGCACCUUUCUAAGCAGCUCUCCAUGAAGGAGACGUCGAGGGAUGCGGCAUGGGAGAGGCGACGCCACCAAUUCGUGAAGCGCCAGCGGAGCUUCGGCUCUGCUGCAGCGUUUGCCGGGAAGACCGUGGCGAAGCAGGCGAGGUCACGCAGCCUGACGGACGAGGACCUCGACGAACUCAAGGGCUGCCUCGAUCUCGGUUUCGAUUUCAAGGAGGAGGAAGAUCACGGCCUCAAGACCACGCUGCCGGCUCUUGACCUCUACUUUGCGGUGAAGCGACAGCUUUCCGAUUCAAAGGUCACGUUGCAGCACCAACUCUCCUUUCGCAGCCAGGUCUCAACCCCCGACAGCGGCACCAGCAGCCCCAGAAGCCCCCACUCCGACCCUGCUGCUUGGAAGAUCUGCAAUCCAGGGGAUAAUCCUCAGCAUGUGAAAACGAGGUUGAGGCACUGGGCGCAAGUCGUUGCUUGCUCGGUGAGGCAAUGCUGCUGAAAGGGGAAGGACUGUACAUAAUUUUCUACAAUUUUUUUUUCGUUUAAAUCUAUUUUCUUGUUGCUUGUCUUUCAUUGUAACUGGAGGAAGGAAGCUAAUACUUUUUACGUGCGUUGUUUUGUAACUUGAGUUGUAAUUCAUUAAUGACCUGCUUAGUCU